GAAAGCAGAUGUUGCGCUUUUGGGAGCUUGAGUUUCCGCGCUGUCAUUAUUUCCGUUUCCAACUUUGAGAAGACGAAGUGCACGCCCCCGCCCCCGUAUCCUUUGCCCCAAACACUGUUAGCGCACUCCGGGUUAUUUAGAGUUUGCAGAGAAGAGUUUGAGACAAUUGUUUGGAACCAUGGGGGACAUCGAGGCUCGCGGAUCCAACGACGCGCCCUCGAGCCCCGCGGUUCUUAUGGCGAUUCUUCCGAGCAAGGAGUUCUCCACCUCCAAGAAAGGCAUGCUGCUCACUGGAGAAGUGGUCACAUCCUUCAUAGACUUUGUGUGCUUUGCUGCAUCUUCAGCAGCAGGCUUCGUCACAGUUCCUUUGAUUGAGUUCUUGGGAGCACUCUUCAUACUGUUUGCUUACUCCACCAAAUUCAAUGAGAGGUUUAAAGGAUUCCUAUGGCCUCUAAUGGAUUUCCUAAGGUGUGUGACAGCAUCCAUUAUAUAUUUCAUUGUCUCCAUAAUUGCCAUAUCUAAUUAUCGAGAUGGUGCGUCCAAUGCUGCAGGGGUAUUUGGGUUUAUUGCCACCAUUAUUUUUGCUUUAGAUUUUUAUAAAGUUUUUAUAGAACUGGCAGAGUUCCUCAAGCAAGGAGGAGAAUCACGGGAGGAGGCUACACAAGAAGACAAGUAUUCAGAGUCAGAUGAGGAUUCUGACUGAAGUCAUAGGUCCUUCUCAACCACAACCACCAAAUGCAGGAGUUGUAAAUCUGUCAAAACGUCAAGUAAUGAGCAAAACCAAACUGUUGCAACAUGGACUUCACAUCUGUAUAGAGUUACCAUAUUUGUUUGAUUUGUAACAGUGUCCAUUUCAUACUGAUUGAAAAUGUGAAAACAAACAGGCGUGACUUUUGUCUGGUAGAAGCUGUGAGUUCCGCAAUACAACUAUUACAUACAUAUGCAUAUACAUGUGACUGAUAAUAAGGUACUUUUGAUCUUUAAAAGUCACCUUAGUAGUGAUGGGAGCCACUGAUAUAGGUUGGCUGGUUACAACCUAUUUAAGUUUAUAUACACUUUUUGUAUCUUGUUUCAACCACUGCCUCUAACAGCACCUUUGUGUCAGCUAAAAUAAUGUCACACAAGUAUAGACAGUGUGUGAAUGUUUUACUAACCUGUACAUUUGUACUUGUUUGACUAAUCUUCUCUUUACAUCCUCUCUUUAUGUUCACUGUUCCUGUUACUGAUGCCACACUGACUGACUACUGCACCGCAGUAUAAUGUAUUUGUAUGGGAGAAUAUGAGCUGUGUGUUGCCAUGUUUUUUAAAUGUGUCUUGUGAGUAAAGCUAUAAUAAAAACAUUAUAUAAUGUUGAAA